AUAUAAAUGGCGAGAAUAGAGGAAAGUGUGAAUGUUAUGCUAGGGCUCUGAUAAGCAGAAUGUCGUCAUGGACAAAGAAAUAUCAUUACAAGGAAAAUGACUUUACCGCGGUCCCUCUCCAAUUAAGAAUGCUUGCGGAGAUUUUCCAAGAAAGCAUAAAACAGAAUAAGUCAUCCGAUUGGGAUGGGUGCAAGGAGUUUUUAAAGGAAACUAGAGAAAAACCGAAACUGCCCGAAAAAAUGGAAAUUAGAGAGUUAUACCACAUAUUUAUUGAGAAAAAAAGAGACAUCUACAUAUACAAAGGAAAUCCUAGCGGGAAUUCGGCGGCGAAUAUGGCGCUGAUCGAGCAAUUCCGUGAAUCACUUAUUUACCACAGAAGACUCGCUUUAGAAGUGGUUUUCCAUAAAGAGGAUCGUCGGCUUUUCUCGUGUUAUCAACAAAGGUGUAAGGAUAUAAACGAGAGCAUACUAAAGAUAGGAAUCGUGCAGAGAUCAAGAGACGAACUUCGGUUUAUACACAGGACAUUCGCCGAAUAUUUUGCAGCAGAAGGCAUAGUCCACGAAUUGCAAGCUCAGUUGCGCAGUCCAAAUAUAAAAUUUCAAGAGUUCUUCUUAUGCAAAGUUUUACAACUCCCGGAAGAUAUGGUUAUCCGCAGUUUCCUUGAUAAAUUCUUAAACAAGGCCGGCGAUUCUGUAUCUUCGAAAAUUUUCAAGAAAUAUCAAUCCCAUGCAUGUCAUCGAUGUUGCUGGACGAACAAUUAUAAACUUUUCCAUUUAUUAGCGGAAGAGGGUUGCAUCGCAAUUCUGCAACUCGUCCUCAAGUGCGUAAAUUUCAAGAUUGUCAGAGACAAAGAAAUUAACAUCGCAGAUUUGACGAGCAACGUUUUCGAUGACAAGAGAAGCGAUUCCCGAGCCCUUAUACGAAAAAUUCGAACUAACAAAAAGAAGAGGAAGGAAAAUGUACUGUUAUUUAUGAGGAUUAUUACUCGAGAGGCUGGAAUCAACAUCAGGGACAUGUUUGGGAAGACGCCGCUGCAUCACGCCGCCAGCGGCGGCCAUCUCGAAAUGGUGAGGUUCCUUGUCCAGCAAGCAGCAAAAAUCAACAGCGCAGAUUAUAGCGGGCGUACGGCACUGCAUUUGGCUGCGAUUAAAGGUCACUUGGAUAUCGUAGAAUAUCUGAUAGAUUUCAGCCCUGACGUCGAUAUCAGGGACAUGGACCAACGCACGCCGCUUCAUUUUGCUGCCAGCAGAGGACACUUGGACACGGUCAAGUUUUUUCGUCAACUGGGCGCAAAUUUCAAUGUAACAGACAUCGAAGGUGGCACUGUACUGCAUUUUGCUGCUUCGAGCGGUCAUUUGCCCACGGUCAAAUUCCUUCUUGAACUGGGUGUUGAUUUCGACGUUAAAAACGACAACCACCACACGCCGCUACACCUAGCUGCCAUUUACGGUUAUUUGGACACAAUCAGAUACUUUCACGAGAUGGGCGCAGACUUAAAUAUUGGAGAUCACAAAGGCCUCAGCGCUCUGCAUUUCGCUGCGUGGAAUGGUCACUUAGACACGGUUAAAUUCCUUGUCGAAUUAGGCGUACAUUUCGGCGUUAGAGAUAAUUACGGCCGAACGCCACUGCAUCUAGCCGCUAGGAGGGGUCGGUUGGAUAUUGUCGAAUUUCUCGUCAAACUAAACGGCGACGUCGAUAUCACGGACGGCAAUGGCCAUAUACCGUUGCAUUUUGCCGCCAAGAAUGACCAACUGGACACAGUCAAGUUUCUUCUUGAAGCGGGAGCAGAUUCCAAUAUUGCAAAUAGCGACGGCAGCACGCCGCUACAUUUGGCUGCCGCGGAAGGUCAAUUGGCAACUGUCAAAUUUCUAGUGAAUCUCGUCGGUAACGUCAAUAUCGGGGACGACAACGGCCGCACGCCGCUGCAUCUGGCUGCCUGGGCUGGUCACUUGGACGUGGUCAAGUUCCUUCGUGGUCUGGGUACAGAUUUAAAUGUUAGAGAUAACGAUAAUAGCACGCCGUUGCAUCUUGCUGCCAUGAUUGGUCACCUGGACGCAUUCAAAUUCCUUCUUGAAGUGGGUGUAGAUUGCAGCAUUAGAGAUAAAGAUGGUCGCACGGCACUGCAGCUCGCAAUCUGUAGAGGUCACUCUCAAAUCAUGGACUACUUCGAUAAUAGGAAUAAGGGAAUGUAAAGAAACGAUGGGAA